UAGGCUAGGCCAACUAAUUAAUCAGGCGGACCAUUCAAUACACACACACACACUCUCCCCCUCCUCGUUUCUAUCGACACAAUCAAACAUUAGCACAAGAGAAAACCAAACCCCCCCAUUUCAUUUCCUCUGCUACUUCUCAACAAACACACACUCUCUCUCGCAUUCCCAUCUUACAAUGGAGGCCACAUUGCCCGUUUGCACCAAAUCCAUCGCUGCUCAAACUCCCGGUUUAUUUACGGGAAGAAGUAGAGGAAGGAGUUGGAGCUCGCAAUGCAGUGUUGUUAAAGUUAACAAAAGUAAUCAUAAUUGUUGCUUGAAACAAACACUUGGUCAGCCUCUUAAAAUUACCCAUAGUAAACAAGUUAAUAACAGAGAUGCCAUUGGUUGUGGUAAUGGCAAUGGUGCUCUUGGGGUUACCUGCGGCGAGAAAAUAUUGAUAGCGAAUAGAGGAGAAAUAGCGGUGCGUGUGAUUAGAACAGCUCAUGAAUUGGGUAUACCGUGUGUUGCAGUUUAUUCAACCAUCGAUAAAGACGCUCUUCAUGUUAAAUUAGCUGAUGAAUCUGUUUGCAUCGGUGAAGCUCCCAGCAGCCAGUCGUACUUAUUGAUUCCCAAUGUUUUGUCUGCCGCCAUCAGCAGCGGAUGUACUAUGUUGCACCCUGGAUAUGGGUUUCUUGCUGAGAAUGCCGUUUUUGUUGAGAUGUGUCGUGAACAUGGAAUUAACUUUAUUGGACCAAAUCCCGACAGUAUCCGAGUAAUGGGUGACAAGUCAACUGCAAGAGAAACUAUGAAGAAUGCGGGUGUUCCAACUGUACCCGGAAGUGAAGGAUUGUUACAGAGCACAGAAGAAGGAAUGAAGCUUGCCCAUGAGAUUGGUUUUCCUGUGAUGAUCAAGGCAACAGCAGGUGGUGGAGGCCGUGGAAUGCGUCUUGCUAAUGAACCUGAUGAGUUUGUGAAGCUGCUACAGCAAGCUAAGAGUGAGGCUGCUGCAGCAUUUGGAAAUGAUGGGGUUUAUUUGGAGAAAUACAUUCAGAAUCCAAGGCACAUUGAAUUCCAGGUUCUUGCAGAUAAAUUUGGUAAUGUUGUUCAUUUUGGUGAACGUGACUGCAGCAUCCAAAGACGUAAUCAGAAGCUGCUCGAAGAGGCACCCUCGCCGGCGUUGACCCCUGAAUUGCGGAAAGCUAUGGGUGAUGCUGCAGUUGCAGCAGCAGCAUCAAUAGGAUAUAUUGGUGUUGGAACAGUUGAGUUUCUUUUAGAUGAAAGGGGUUCCUUCUACUUCAUGGAAAUGAACACUCGAAUCCAGGUUGAACAUCCGGUAACUGAAAUGAUCUCCUCUGUUGACUUGAUUGAAGAACAAAUCCGUGUAGCCAUGGGAGAAAAGCUUAGAUACAAACAGGAAGAUAUUGUGCUUAGAGGACAUUCAAUUGAAUGCCGUAUCAAUGCGGAAGAUGCUUUUAAGGGGUUCCGACCUGGGCCAGGGAGAAUAACAGCAUACUUACCAUCUGGAGGGCCAUUUGUUAGAAUGGAUAGCCAUGUUUACCCUGAUUAUGUGGUUCCUCCAAGUUAUGAUUCCCUUUUGGCCAAGCUUAUCGUGUGGGCUCCAACUAGAGAAAAGGCAAUUGAACGCAUGAAAAGAGCACUGAAUGACACCAUUAUUACAGGAGUUCCUACAACAAUUGAGUACCAUAAACUUAUUCUUGACAUUGAGGACUUCAAAAAUGGCAAGGUUGAUACUGCUUUCAUUCCAAAGCAUGAGGAGGAGUUGCAGGCGCCACAGAAGAUUGUACCAGCCAAACAAUUAGUCUAAUCGCUCUCGAAAUUGCAAGAGAUUAAAUGUGUGCCAAGUUUUCGAUGAAAAUGCGUGACGAGGCUUCAUUUACACCACUCUUUGAAUGCAUUGCGUUUUUAAUUUUUAUUUUGGGAUUAUGCAUGAGUUGUACUAUGGACUGCUCUAGGCAUGUAAGAACAAUUGAUAAAUUUUGACUUUCUUAAUUCAAUUAGUUCAUAUUAAUUCUAAUUAAUGUUAUAUUAUUCAAAAACUAAAUCAAUGAUUAUUGCUA